UGUUCUUAGGGUGUCCCAAGUUCUGCAUUACGGGAGAUUUGCUUAUUAAAAGAGUUGAAGCACAAAAAUAUUGUCAGACUGCAUGAUGUUUUGCACAGUGAGAAAAAAUUAACAUUAGUUUUUGAACAUUGUGACCAAGAUCUAAAGAAAUACUUUGAUAGCUUAAACGGAGAAAUUGAUGCUGAUGUUGUAAAGUCUUUCAUGUUUCAACUGUUAAGAGGUUUAGCUUUUUGUCACAGUCACAAUGUUCUUCAUCGAGAUCUAAAACCACAGAAUUUAUUAAUAAAUAAAAAUGGGGAACUUAAAUUAGCUGAUUUUGGACUGGCAAGAGCUUUUGGCAUUCCAGUGAGAUGUUACUCAGCAGAAGUUGUUACUUUGUGGUAUCGACCUCCAGAUGUGUUAUUUGGUGCUAAGUUAUAUACAACAUCAAUUGACAUGUGGUCUGCUGGAUGCAUCUUUGCUGAGCUUGCAAAUGCUGGUCGCCCUCUAUUUCCUGGAAGUGAUGUUGAUGACCAGCUUAAAAGGAUUUUUAAGCUUUUGGGCACGCCAACAGAAGAAACUUGGCCUGGAAUGACUCAACUUCCUGAUUAUAAGCCAUUCCCUUUAUAUCAUCCAACAGCAAGUUUUGCACAAGUGGUCCCAAAACUAAAUUCAAAAGGAAAGGAUUUACUUCAGAAACUCUUGGUGUGCAAUCCUGCUAUGAGAAUAUCAGCUGAUGAAGCUAUGCAACAUCCUUAUUUUAGUGAUUUACCACCAGCAAUAAAAAAUGGAUGAUUGUUUAAGAUUAUACUAAAACCAGUUUUUUAUCUUUUUUAAUUCUUUGUACAUAUAGUCAGAGACUUCAUCUUCAACAUUAUUAAUGAAUGAGAACAAUGAAAAGUCAGAGGCAGAUUAAUAUCGUAUACUGCAGUAUUCGGUCGAAAACCGUGUACAUGUGUAUCAAAUAACAUAGAUGUGGUUAAGAAUAUGUAAAAUGUAAUUUUCAUUCCUCAUUUGUAUAGAAAAAAGGUGUGUAAUCUUCCAGAAUCUCUGAAAUAUACAACUCCUGUAGCAGAUGGUUAAUUAGUUCUAUUUUUAAAUUUCUUAUUCGUAAUAUUCGAAAAAGGGGCAUUUAAUUCUUUCUUUUCUUUUAUUUUAGUCUGCAAGCAUGAUAGAAUUCUGAUAAUCCUUGUACCUCGGUAUGAUUAGUAAAUUUUGUGGAUCUCUUC